AGCAACUGCUGCAGAAGGACGAUUGGUGUAUGAGAUUGUAAUUUUGUAAGCUUUUGGAGGCUUAAGAGAAAGCAGGAGAGGCAGAAGAAGAAGCAGAAGAAGCAGAAGAAGAAGAAGAAGAAGAAGUGGAGUGGAAUAGUGUUGGGAAACAGAAAUAAGUCUGACAGCUGAAGAGGUUUUAAGGCUCAGAGGCAAGAUGAUAGUGUUGUUAAGCUUACUUCUCCUCACUGGAUGCGGCUGCACAGCACUGCAUGAACUUGAGAGGGAGCCGGCAUACUGGGAUGCUCAAGCGAGGGCAACACUGGAUGCUGCACUGAAACUCCACCCGCGCAAUCACCAGGCCAAGAACAUCAUCCUGUUCCUCGGCGACGGGAUGGGUGUGUCCACAGUGUCGGCAGCUCGAAUCCUGCGGGGUCAAAUGGAAGGUGGAUCAGGGGAGGAGACGGUGCUGGCCAUGGACACUUUCCCCUAUGUAGCCCUGUCUAAGACCUACAGUGUGGAUAAACAGGUAGCUGACAGCGCUAGCACGGCUACAGCCUACCACUGUGGGGUGAAGGCCAACGCUAAGACAGUAGGACUCAGCGCUAAUGCAGUGGCCUACGAGUGUAACACCACUUUCGGUAACGAGGUCUACUCGGUAUUACGACGUGCCAAGGCACAAGGUAAAUCAGUUGGUAUAGUGACAACCACCCGUGUCCAGCACGCCUCCCCAGCUGCUGCCUAUGCACACUCUGUCAGCCGCAGUUGGUACAGUGAUGCAGAUCUUCCUUCCAGCGCCCGCCAACAGGGCUGUGUGGACAUUGCCACCCAAAUGGUUACCAACGUUGACAUUGAUGUGAUUCUGGGGGGAGGGAGGAUGUACAUGACACCAAAAGGCACCCCAGACCCAGAGUACCCCACCUCCAACUCUCGCAAGGGGGACCGCAAAGACAAGAUGAACCUCAUUGACGUGUGGCUAAAGGCUAAGCCUAACAAGAAAUCACACUAUGUUUGGCACAGGAAGGAGUUUGAUGAGAUUAAUGCUAAGACUACUGACCGGCUCAUGGGUCUGUUUGAGCCAAAGGACAUGAGAUUUGAGGUUUUCCGGAACAGCACACGAGACCCCUCCAUUGUGGAGAUGACAGAGAAAGCCAUACAAAUCCUCAGCAAGAAUCCCAACGGAUAUUUCCUGUUUGUGGAAGGAGGGAGAAUUGAUCACGGCCAUCAUGAUGGCAUUGCCAAGCUGGCCCUGACAGAGGCUGUGAUGUUUGACAGAGCCAUUCAGCGCGCUGCACAGCUGACCAAAGAAUCAGAUACACUGACCGUGGUUACUGCUGACCACUCCCACGUCUUCACCUUUGGUGGUAACACACCUCGAGGGAAUCCCAUCUUUGGUCUGGCACCAAAGAAAGCUGAUGACAAAAUGCCUUUCACCAGCAUCCUGUACGCCAACGGCCCCGGUUAUGUCCAUGUAAAUGGAACCAGAGAAAACAUCACAAUGGUGGAUUACUACGAUGAGGAGUACAUGCAGCAGGCUGCUGUCCCGUUGGAUGCUGAGACACACGGUGGAGAGGAUGUAGCCAUCUACGCCAAAGGCCCAAUGGCUCACCUGUUCCACGGGGUGAAAGAGCAGAACUAUGUGGCACACGUCAUGGCCUACGCUGCCUGUUUGGAGCCCUACACAAACUGCCCUCCUCACCCUCACAACCACACCUCAACUGGAUGUGUGAACACACCCUCAAGCCUCCUGUUUGGCGUGCUUGGGCUCCUCUGGUUGUUCAGAUGACCCCCCCCAAACACACAUCUCAAAACAAGUGCUCACACAAAUACAUUGUAUGCAUGCAGCAAUACAGACAAUGCACUAAACAUUUAUACAGCCACACACGUUCACUGUAUACACACAGGCUGGCCAGUCAGAAUGCAGGGAUAAACAUAUACAGUACUGUGUGUGACAACUGAAAAAUAUCACUCAGUGUACAUCCACAUGCAUGCAAAAUGCAGGCUUUAGCAUGCGUGUAGUAUCUCUUUUUUUCAAGUUCACACUAACAAACAGGUAGACACUGCAGGUUAGAACACAUGCAAAGAUUGUGAAAGGGAUAUGCAAACAUUAACAUUUAUUCAUAUGUAAGUGGUUCCUCACUCCAUGCAAUAGUUUCCCUUGCAGAUCCAUCAGUGUUUUACUAAGACUAUGUCCAGCAUGUACUUGCAACAUGACUACUAUCUUGCACUAACUAGUUCUUUCAUUAGUUAGUUAGACUUUUAUCCUAUUCAUAGUUUUCAAGUUAAGUACAAUCUCUGCUCGCCCGAUCUGCUUACUUAGAGCUAUCCAGCACAUCCAAGGAGCUGUAACUGAUUAUUUACUCAUUAAUCUGAGGCUUUACCCAGAAUAACUUGAAACAAGCAAGCAGGCUGAGGGCUCACUGUUCAGUUCACUGAGACAGGACACACAGCUACUGAUGCUCAUGGAAUAAAUGACUGUAUGACAGAAACCUGAGCUAUGGGCCACCAUGCCAUGCCAAGCUGCGACACCAACAGACCUUACAAGAACUUAUACAGAUACUGUACCUCUUUGAGCUACAAAACAUAGCUUUUAAGAUUUUUUAUACUUUGUAUCUUGACCUUAUUGGUUCCAAACAGUAAAUCUGUUUUCUGUCAGGUUGCCUGUCACUUGAUACAGUACAUAAUCUAUUUGGAUUGUACAUGAAUGUAUUUUGUAAGCAAAUGUUGUCAAUGUAUUUUUUAUAAUAUGUUUUUGCAAAUGUUACUUAAAUAAGGAUAAAAAAAACACUUUUUUUCUUGA